AUGUUCAGAUCUACAGAUGCUCAGAUCGAUCGCGCGACCGAGCUCCAUGAGCCUCCGGCCAAGGGACAGCCUUACAGUGUAGCGUUGCCGGGCUCGGAGGCAGAGGGAAGGAGUGCUAUCUACAGGCACUGGAGAUUCACAGACAAGCCUCUGCUGGACCACCUGGUUCCCGAGAUCAGAACACCACAUGAAGCGUUUGAGAACUCGGUUGCGAAAUGGCCCAAGAACAGAUGCCUGGGACACCGCCCAUAUGAUACCGCUACCAAGACCUUCGGCCCUUACGUUUGGGAAGACUACGAGACAAUCGCCAAGCGGAGAACCAACUUCGGCGCUGGUCUUGUACAUCUACAUAAACAAGCUGGCGUUGCUGCACACAAGUACGGUAUUGGACUGUGGUGUCAGAACAGGCCGGAAUGGCAAAUCACUGAUCUGGCGUGCAUGUCCCAGGGCCUCUACACGGUCUCCAUCUACGACACUCUAGGCCCGGACACGACCGAAUACAUUAUCAACCACUCCGAGUUGAACUGUGUGGUUGCUGGAAUGAACCAUGUUACGGCACUGUUGAAGCUGAAGCCUCGACUACCCUCGCUCAAGAUUAUCGUGGUUCUCGACCCACUUUCAGCUGGCGAGCUCCCUGGCGAGUCCAAGGGCGACCUCCUGAAUUCGCUUGCUAGUGAGCAAGGUGUUGCCAUCCACUACAUCCGCGAUGUUGAGGCUUUGGGUGAGAGGCAACCGAUUCCGAUGAACCCGCCUACACCCGAAGACAUUGUUACCAUCAACUACACAUCUGGCACAACAGGCAACCCCAAGGGUGUCGUCUUGUCCCACCGAAACGCGCAUGCCGGAACAUGCACUUCCAUGGUCAUCAUGGGUAGCGGACCUAGCGAGAUUAUCUGCUCUUUCUUGCCCUUGGCGCACAUCUAUCAGCGGUUGGGAGAACACAGUGGGCUGGCAACUGGCGCUGCUAUUGGUUACUUCCACGGAAACAUUGCAGAGCUCGUAGACGACUUGCAGAUGCUACGACCAACCAUCUUUUCGGGUGUACCAAGGCUGUACAACCGCUUCGGAGCCAAGAUCAAGGAAGCGACUGUCCAGGCAACUGGCAUUAAGGGAGCACUAUCCCGACACGUGGUAUCGACCAAGCUGGCGGCCGUCAACGACAAGCAAAACCCAACCAACAAGCACAUGCUCUACGACCGCAUUUGGGCUAAGAAGGUUUCUGCCGGUCUCGGACUGGAUCGUUGCAAGGUCUUGGUCAGUGGCUCUGCACCCAUUGAUCCUAGUCUGCAUCAAUUCCUCCGUGUUGUGUUUGGAAGCAACUUCACACAGGGAUAUGGACUGACUGAGACGUAUGCCGUUGCGCUUGUCCAGCAUGAGGGUGACUUCUCGGCUGGCAACUGUGGUGGCGUUGGGCCCAACACAGAGUGUGCUCUGCUCGACGUGCCUGAUAUGGAGUACAUGUCUACUGACAAGCCGCAUCCCCGUGGUGAACUCCUGAUCCGCUCUGCGUCGCAGUUCAAAGAGUACUUCCGUAAUGAGGAGGAGACGGCCAAGGCUAUUGACGCCGACGGUUGGUUCCAUACUGGCGAUAUCUGCUCUGUUGACGAACUCGGCCGCUUCAAGAUCAUCGACCGCAGGAAGAACGUCCUUAAGCUCGCACAGGGAGAGUACAUCUCACCCGAGCGGAUUGAGAACGUGUACCUUGCCAACUGCAGCUACCUCGCGUCUGGCUAUGUGCACGGCGAUUCGCACCAGUCGUUCCUUGUGGCUCUCUUUGGUGUUGCGCCAGACAUCUUCCCGCAAUUCGCGUCCAAGGUGCUGGGCGAGAAAAUUCCGGAAGGUGACAUUGAGAAGCUGAAGGAGGCGUGCAAGAACAAGAAGGUCGAGCAGGCAGUCCUUAAGGAGCUAGACAAGGUGGGACGAAAGAACAAGUUCAACAGCUAUGAGCGUGUCAAGGCUGUAAGGUUGUUUGUCGACCCAUGGACCAUUGACAACCAACUUUUGACCCCAACAUUGAAGUUGAAGCGCCCGCAGACGGUCAAGGCCUUCAGGCAGCAUCUAGAUGACUGUUAUGAGGAGGCGCUGGCAGAAGAGUCGAAGCCCAAGGCGAAGUUGUAG